AUGGCUCGGAGGUCCACGAUCCGAGCGUUCGUCGGUCUUGCCCUCGCGCUUACCGCGUCGGCACUCGUGAUCGAUCCCACAGACCCCUCGUCCCUAGGGCAACUGGAGGCGAUGCAGGAGCUGAAGCUCGGCUUCGAGGGGAGCAAGCCCUCUGCGCUCGCCACGUGGACCACCAGCGACCCCUGUGACGGCACGUGGGUCGGCGUCACGUGCGCGCGGCCCGGCGUCAUCACUAGACUCGAUUUGUGCGACAUGGGCAUCGCAGGCGCGUUGUCGCCGUUCAUCGGCAACCUCACGGGGCUGCUGCAGCUGCGGCUGUGCAACAACCAGAUCGCCGGACAGAUCCCUCCCGAGCUCGGCAAGCUGUACUCGGUACAAGAAGUCGAGCUACAGAACAAUAAAUUCACGGGCGAGCUGCCUACCGAGUUGGGCGGCAUGGCGACGUGCACGCACCUUUACCUCUUCGGAAACAAUCUCUCCGGCGCCAUCCCUGCCGCUCUUAAAGCCCCGCUCCCCGCAACUCCCGCUCCGGUGGAGGACCCCGCGGAUGAGGCGGGAAGCCUCCCUCCGCUGAUCACCGCGCCGCUCCCCAACUGUCCGCCGUGUGCGGGGGACGAUCUGCCCGGGCUCGAGGACGGGUGCACGUGCGCCAAGCCGUCGCUGCUCAAGAUUCGUUUCAAGGACCUGGACUUCGCGGCUUAUAACGCGAAUCAGGAGGACGUGCUGCUCGGCGAGCUGUCCCGCGCGCUGCAGCUGGAGCCACGUCAGCUGAUGGUGAUCGGGCGCGAGCCGGGCAGCGUGAUCCUGUACCUGGCGGUGCUGCCCGUGAACGGGUCGGCGCUGGACGCGCGGCAGGAGGCGAAGAUAGUGGACGCCGUCACGGGCCACCGCGUGAUUCUAUCCAAGGCCUUCAAAGACUACGAAGUGCUCGGAGCGCCCGGCCUCGCGUUCAAGCCGUCGCAAGAGUCGCAGAACGCCGACGCCGAGUCGUCUUCCGCGUCUUCCGGCGCAUCUUCCGGCCUCAGCACCGGAGCCAUCAUCGGCAUCGUUGUCGCGUCGCUCGCGGCCGCGCUGGUUAUCGCGGCGCUCUUCUGCCAGCUGCUGACGUGGCGCCGCGACAGGAACGCCGCGCGCCGAGCUGACGUGGAGAACUCGCGGAUGGCCAAGCCAUCUGGGGAAGGUGGGAUUUGCCACGUGGCAGCCCCUUUCCGCCCGUCAAGCCGUCGAUCUCAGGAGGGAAACUCGUUUAACGAGCCCGCGCUCUCCUUCCGCAGCGGCAUCCCCGGCACCCCCGCCGGGGCGCACGCGAAUGGCUGCGGCGACAGCGUCGCGGGAACGCCGCGCGACACGCCCGGAGUGUCGGAGCGAAGCUUCGCGUUCCAAGGCGCGAGCUCGCCCACCUCCCCCUCGAACACCGCCGGAUUGUGCGGCGGCGACAACGGCGACGACCCGCGGACUCCGGAAAUCGGGACGACGCGGACGGUGGGCGACGCGGAGGGCGGAGGCACCCCUCAGGAGGUGAUGGAGAUUAAAAAAAUCGGUCUCAAGGAUAUCCACGCGGCGACGCAGGGGUAUUCGAAGGCGAACUUGAUCGGCGACCGCGGGCACGGGCGCAUGUACAAGGCGGACUUCUCGAGCAAGGCGCGCGUGCAGAUGGCGGUGCUGCUCGAGCUCUCCGGGGAGAAGCUCGACGAGGCGGAAUUCGCGGCGGCGGUCAAGGCGCUGGGGGACCUGUGCGUGCAGUCGAACCGCCUCGUGGCGAUCAUGGCGUAUUGCGCGGAUAAGGGCCAGCGGUGGGUGGCCUAUGAGUAUCUGCCAGGUGGCAGCCUCAAGGACCACCUGCACGGGGACCUGCGCUUCGAGCGCGCGCUGACGUGGCAGAAGCGCGUGCAGAUCGCGGUCGACGUGGCCGCGGCACUGGAGUUUUUACAUGAACAGUGCGAGCCGCUCGUGAUUCACCGCGACGUGUCGGCCGACAACGUGGUGCUGGACGGCGAGCUGCGCGCGAAGAUUAAAGACGUCGGCAUCCACACGCUCGUGCGCGAUUGGUCGGAGGGCCGCGCCGUGUCGCCGUCCGUGCUGGGGUCCAUGGGGUACCAGGCGCCCGAGUUCCGCGUGAGCGGCGAGCAGACGGCGCGGUCCGACGUGUUCAGCUUCGGCGUGGUGCUGCUGGAGCUGCUGACCGGCCGGAAGCCCGUUGACUCGUCGCGACCCAAGGGGCAGCAGUCGCUGCUGACGUGGGUGCUGCCGCACCUGGAGAACAGGCUCGCCGUGACGAGCCUGGUGGACCCGUACCUGCGGCUCAACUCGACGCUCGACCCCAAGUCGCUGCACCUGUUCGCGCUGGUGGCUGCGCACUGCCUGCAGCACGAGCCCGAGGACCGCCCGCGCAUGGCGGAGGUGCACAGCCAGCUGCAGCACCUGCUGCUCUCGCUCUCCCCCGACGGCCUCCCCUCCCCCAUCUCCCCCAACGCGGCCUCCGCCUCCCCCCUCUCUCCCGCCUCCCCCGCCUCCCCCAUGUCCCCCAUCCCCAACCUCACCGCCGCGUCCCCCUGCACCCACGCUCCGAGCCCUGAUGCGGAGAACGAGAGCUGCUCGGUGGCGGAUUCAGGCACCACGAGUGGCACGCACGUGUCACACUCAGCACGGCGCUACGACCAGAAACGCUGGGUGCAGGUUACCCCCGGCCCAAACACUGCCGUGAAGACCCACGCUAGUGCCGUGACUCCCGCUGCUGAUGCCGCUGCUGGUGUGGCGAAUGUGCGCUCACCACUUGCGCCGGUGAUCAACCUGUGA